AUGGAGUUGAGAGAUGAGACUGAACCGUCCUCAGCGCUUAUUCGGAGGUCACGGUCGCCACCAAAGCUCAUUCCUUCAAUAUCAUCAUUCCCUACACUGAGCACCUUUGAAACGAGUCUUUUCGAAUACUAUCUCCUACGACUAUGUCCUCUCACAACACCUUCUUCGCAACUCUCGUCGCCUUUUGCAAGCAUGGUUGCUCCUCUAUUCACCCAUGCCGGGCAAGAUCUUCUCGUCCAAUCUGUUCUUGCAUUCUCUGCUCGACAUCGAAGCAUCACAGAUCCAUCAUGGACACGCACAGCAAUGAAGAUGAAAGGCAAGGCCCUGACUGGUCUUCUACAAAGGAUUCGAUCUCCAGAUGUCACGGCAGACGUCAUAUUGGAUCCUCAAGUUCCUGCCACAAUGAUGUUUCUCUGUCUUUACGAAAUCCUUGAUAACGGCGACUAUCGAUGGGUCUUCCACCUGAGGGCAAGUCAAGACUUCAUGAGAAAACGCCAACAGCUUGCACUUCCGUCAAGUAAGAACUCGGCAUUUGGAAGUCUUGCUGCGUUCUCAGAGCGAUACUUUGCUUUUCAAGAUGUCAUCAGCAGAACAGCUUGUGGAAACUCACCUAUCUUUGGCCUGGAAUAUUGGCAAAGACCGGAUCACACGGAGGAUAUUGAUGCAUGGAUGGGUUGUAGUCCGGCCAUGGCAUCUGUGAUUUUUAAGAUCACAGAACUUGCAAGGACAAGAACACGAGAUAUGUCUCAAGAAGACUAUGAGAUUCAAGUUGAGGAGCUUGACAGAGAGUUGACUUUGGUCAGCUCCAAUAUCACUGUUGUCGAGGCCAUGGAUGAGAAUGUCAGACGAUGUGUGGACCUGAAGAAGACUUCGGUGCAGAUAUACUUUCACUGCCUGCUUCGAGAUGCUGAUCCUUCUACACCUCAAGUGUCACAGCUUGUUAUCAAGGUUCUGCGUAGUAUUCACGACCUUAUUCAACAAGGCAGUGCCGCAGGACUUCUAUUCCCUCUGUUUGUCGCAGCCGUGGAGAUAGAUCCUUUGAAUGACGAUAAGAUCUUCGCCCACGGUGAUCAAGGCACCUUUUUAUCUGGAAGGCAGCUUGUCUUGGAGACUCUUGAUGCCAUGGUUGGCUUGACUUUGGCGAAUGUUGAGAGAACAAAAGCGGUGAUUUUAAAAGUCUGGCGCAUGAGAGAUUUACAUACCCAAAGGGAUUCACCGGUCCUGGUUACUGGUGAUUCAAAUGAUUGGAACACAUUUGUGAGUCCGUAUACACAAAAUCUUAAUUUGGCAUAG